GAUUUCAAAAUAUUUUUGCCAUUAGAGGCCACCUCAAAAGAAAUGAUAAGCAGCAAAGCAAAAGAAAUGAUAAGCACCAAACCUGUCGAAAUCCAAACAUGCUAAAAACUUUGGGAUGUGAGUGGGAGGUAUAAAUGUGCAUUGAUAGUUUAUCUGGUCAGUGCAAAGAUCAAAAAAAAAAAUUUAAAACAAAGAAGCCUCAAAAAUAAAACUCAGUACCAGUUCUGCAAUUUCGCUAGCUUAAUUUAAAAAAGCAAAACAAAAAAAAAAACCAACUUGGAACACCCCAACACCACUGACUGCAUUCUAUGCCAAGCUAACCAUCAGACAUGGAGGUCUCUAAUUCAAAAAUAAUCUAUCUUCAGCUAUCAGCACUGGUUAAAACCAAGCCGAAUUGUUCUCUUGGGCCUGAAUUUCUCAGAACAGUAUUUCAGCAGAAAUGUAUAAAAUAAACCAUUGCUGGGUCAGGCUACACUGCUUCUUUACUUUCAACAAAUAGUACUAUACAGCUACAAAAUUUACCUACAACCAACUGGAAAAACACAUUUUUGUCAAGAAAUAGACCAAAAUCCUCUGUUCACUUCUCUUGAAAUCUCUGAUAAUAAAUACUUAGCUUUCACAUUGACACUGCCUUGUUUUUCAAAAUACAAUUGUUUCUAGGCACACAAUGAACUUGCACGGCGUCUGAAGCAGGGCAGGGCAAGGCAAUAAUCCUAUUUCUGCCACCAUCAUGUCACAUGGCCUGGGAUAAAUCACAAUUCUUCUGUCUCUCAGUUUCUUCACACAUAAGUUAAUAACCAUAUAGAGACCACUGGGGGAAGAAUGCCUUAAUUAGCAACAUUCAUUAUAGUUUUUGCUUAUAAGCUUCAAAGUAUUAAUUCACCCUGAACCCCUGUUGCAGUUUUGAGACAGCUAAUCAGCCUGAAGCAGCUUGUCAAACAUCCCAUAUUUAUGGAACAUGCUGCUCCUCACAGGAACACUGAGGUCAGGGAGCAGAAGCAGCUGCUGUGCACGUUACUCAGUGUUCAAUCAUUAAGCAAAGUCUGAACUUACAGCAGAGUAUGUUAUUUAUGCAAAUUAAAGCUUGCAGGGCAAAAGGGCCAAUAGCCCUUUUAGUUCACACGGAAAAUAUAGAAUCUUUAAUGACCACGCACAUGCAGUACUUCUAUUUAAAACAUCACACUUAAUGACAGUAGAGGCAUAAUGCUUUAGGAGCAUCAGUCAAAAAGGGCUGCAAAAUAAGACUGCUGCAAUUUACAGAGCAUUUUAUAGAGAACAGUGCUGCCUUCUGAAUGACUCUAUAAAAAGAAAGCUGGAUAUAUAAUAUGUAAUAAUUGAAAGUUCCUAGGCUACAUUCAUACCACAUCUCCUUAAGCUGUACUGUUCUCAUUACAAAUUAUAAUUUGAGAACAACACAAGCGAUUCAACAUCAAAUGCAUUAUCAAAUUAUCUUUUGGCUAUUUUAACCUCCUUAUUAAAACUGUUCUUUCCCUGCAUUUACCUCCGCUAGAAGUUUACAGACCCUUUCCACUGUGGGGGGUGCAAAAGGAAGCCAGCAUUUAAAUUUUUAGUCAGUAUUUGAUUACUGCUUGAUGCAGUAAUCAAAAUUUUAAAAAAAUAACCCUUCAGUACUAGCAUGUACCACUACAGAAGUACCAUAACCCCAAACAAACAAAACCCCAGGCAAGAACAACCUGUUAUUAUUGUUUUGACCUAAUUAAAUACAGCACUGUAAGAGUUGAAGAGAUCUGAGAUCUUUGACAAACCUGACUGAUAUAUGGCAGUAAAAUACUGCAUUAAAAAAUACUUUUUUUCUUAGCAAAGAGAAUGUUGGCAUUUAAAUACUAAAAAAAAAUAAAUUAUACUGGCUUUUAAUGUGAAAAGUGACAUGUGACCCCUGCAGAAAGAUGCAAGGAAGUAUAUAUCCUUAUAUUGUGGGAGAGCUGUCAAAUAAAGCACCCACAAAUGUGUGCCUUUUGAGGCUGGAAAGAAGUUCUGAUAUCAACUAUUUCAAGAUGCCUGGGAACUAAUGGAAGCUACUCUCAAGUUAGCUGCCACAGCUGACCUGGACAGGAAGGAAAUUCUUUAAACUUAGUUCCACCAAACUCAAUCAGCUUCUCAGGUCCUGUGGGUUGCAAUGGCAGCACGGCUCCUUGUUGAGUGCUACUGCACAGACCUAUGCUUAACUCAAGGAAAACACCGGCUCAUUUUACACUGAGUAACAAUUAGAAGGAAAUAACCUUUGGUCUAGGCUAGAAAAAUACAGAUGACUGAUUUCCACUCAACCAGGUAAUCCCUGAAGUAAACUGAUAUAUUCGCCAGUACAUGAUGCAAAAUCAUUUUGUCCGUAUGGCUUUUUGCUUUGUCUCCCCCUUCCUGCAACACCCAUUUUUAUACUAUUGCUUUUAUUUAUAUGCCUUUGUCUUCACUUUACUGUGAACAGAGACAUCAGAAACAAGAUGUUCAAAGGAGAACUGCUGCAUGUGGCUCUCUUGACUAAAUCCUUAUUCCUUCUCCCAAGGCUGAGGCAGAUUUUAUCCAACAGUUUAACAUCUAAGCGUGUGCCUUCUACGCUCUACUGCUAUUUAUACCCUCCUUCUCUGAGAAGGACACAUCAGCAUAAGGUGAUGGCGCUGUUUGCACGAUGCAAGGAACUGCAAGAGCCUCCCCUUAAAGCCUGGGCAGAGCCCAGCGGGACUACAGCGACCGGCAGGCCGUGCUCCAAGCCGGGCUCCGCGCUGCCAGCCCGAGCGGGCGCCUGUAAGCGGCACACAACAGGCGCACUGCAGCUCCGGGAUCACCGGCAGCACCCACGCGUUCCGCACACGGGAAUCCAGCGAGUACAUCUCUGCGACACCCCCACAAACAGGAAAGGGGCACAAGCACCUGACACAUACCAGGCAUUAUUACUGCUGCUGGGGAAAGCAUAUCUAGGCUGCUUCCAUCAUCUCCUGUAUUUCUCUCUGAGCCACGGCUGCUACAACUUACAGUUAUCUCGCUUUCUCUUCAACCAGACAUUCAUCAGUGCAAAGACCCAAAUCCAAUCUCCACGGCUGUCAUAUGAGAAGCUCAGAAAAGCCUCGUUGAAUCAUGCAGUAAACAAGAAGCACAUGGAAGUUUUUGAAGCUUUUAAGAGUGCCUAGAACACAUUCUCCCUUCAAUGAAGAAGAAGCUUCAUUGCAAAGCAGGUAUUUUGAGCACACUAAUAAGCAACUAGAAGAUCUUCAUAAAAACAAUGCUCUGUUUCAAGACUGGGCCUACAAGUCAAACAACAGUAUCCUACAAUUACUUAAAAUUAAUCUCCAUUUUACCUUCUUAGUAGAUUAGUCAGAAACCUAGAGAGAAGUAGCAAACAGUUCUAAGGUGUGACACUCUCAUUCUUUAAAGUUUAUGGAUUUUUUUUUUCAAGAGAAGAUUAAAUUCUAAUAGUAAAACUGUUUCACAUAAUAUAAACAUUCUGAUGUAAUAAUCAAAGGCUCUGUAGUUCACUAUAUGCUCAGGCUUCGACUGAUAAAGAGGUAAUUUUUCCUCCUGAUCAGGAAACAGAUUCACUUUAUAACCAGCUCCACUGCCAGCUCCACUGACUUCGAAACAAAACUAAUUCCUGUUGACCAGCAGUUACAUUCUGUACUUCCCUAAGGUCUAAAAAUGGUAUCAGUUCAAAGGUCCAUCCUCUCAAUUUGUUUGUCAAGCCAAAGUAUACAGACUAAACCAGAAUCUGCUUCUACAUGCCCUGUACUAUAACCACCAACAUAAUUACCACCUCUCAACUAUUGUAUGAACACAUAUGCAGAAAUAUUAAGAUUAUA